AUGAGUUGUAAAAUAUUUCUUAGCUUAUUUUUAUUAUUGAUACUAUUUUGUUCUGCUAGUAGUGCUGAUAAAACUACUCAAAGGAACAACAUCACAUUGGGUUCGUCACUAACUGCACAACCAAAUCAAAAUGAGUCAUGGAUAUCACCAAAUGAAGAUUUUGCAUUUGGUUUUCAACAAAUCCGAAAAGAUGGCUUCAUUCUUUCUAUAUGGUUCAACAAAAUACCUCAAAGAACCAUUGUUUGGUCAGCCAACAGAGAUAAUCUAGUGCAACAAGGCUCAACAGUUCAACUAACCAACUUUGGCUCAUUAGAAUUGAGAGACUCAACAGGAAGAGAUGUAUGGUCUGCUGCUGCCUCUGGCUCUGGAGUUUCUCAUCCAGCCAUGCUAGACAUCGGGAAUUUUGUGCUCACCAACCAGAAAAAUUUCUAUCUUUGGGAGAGCUUUCAUGAACCAACUGACACAUUGUUACCUACACAAUAUCUUGGUCAAGGUAAGAAACUUGUAUCUAGGUACUCCGAGUCAGAUUACUCGAGUGGAAGGUUUCAUUUUCGAGUUGGAGAUAAUGGGGCUACAGAGUUCUCUGCCAGGGGUUUCCCAGUUGACAGUGAUAGUUACAAUGUUGUUUAUGAACUAAAUAUGUUGUCACAAGGCAAUGGCAUGCAAGUUAUGUUCAACCAAUCUGGUUUUGUGUAUCUGCAAGCACAAAAUGGUACCAUAAUUGAAUGGUUGACAUCAUCCAACUCUAUUUUUUCGAAAGGUUUUUACCAAAGGGUGGUUCUUGAUUACCAUGGUGUUUUCAGGCAUUAUGUUUACCCGAAAGAUGAUGAUCGAAAUUCUAGAGGAUGGCCUAGUGGAAAAUGGAGCCAAACUUCACCAUCCAUACCCAAAAACAUAUGUUUAAGUAUUAAGGGGCCUUAUGGACCAGGAGCUUGUGGAUACAAUAGCUACUGCAGUGUGGAAAUUGAUGGCACACCCAAUUGCCAAUGCCCUAUUGGUUACACCUUCGUCGAUCCAGAUGAUAAGAUGAAAGGAUGCAGACCCAACUUCAAAGCUCAAAAUUGUGAUGAAGACUCUAAAGAUGUCAAUAACUUUGUGAUGUACACAAUGGAAAACACAUAUUCCCAUUAUGGUGAUUUCGAGGCAACUUCACCUGUUUCUGAGGAUUGGUGCUUAAACUAUUGCUUGGUUGAUUGUUUCUGUGCUCUUGUCAUUUAUGAAAAUGAUAGCUGCUGGAAGAAGAAAAAUCCUAUCUCAAAUGGGAUGAGAGACUAUAGUAUGUUGGGAAAAGCUAUGAUCAAAGUAAGACAAGAUAGCAUUGUUACUUCCAAGCCAAGCAAUCACAGCAUAAAUUCCUUUCAAGAAACACUAAUACUCAUUGGAUCAGUACUUCUAAGUAGCUCUGGUUUUCUUAAUAUCGUACUGCUAAUAACCUCAUUGGUUCUCUUUUUUCUCCUAGGACGCAAAACAUCAAUCACCAAACUAUAUCAGAACAUGCCAAAGAUGAACUUGCGGAGUUUCACUUUUUCAGAACUAGAAAAAGCUACCAAUGGAUUCAAGGAAAAGUUGGGAGUUGGUGCCUUUGGAGCUGUUUUCAAAGGGGUUGUGCAAUUGGGCGACAAUAACACUACUUCAGCAAUUGCUGUGAAAAAGUUGGACAACAAAAAAUUGGUGAAAGAUGGUGAUCAAGAAUUUACAGCAGAAGUAAUGUCCAUUGGUCGUACAAACCAUAAGAAUUUGGUUAAGCUAAUCGGGUUUUGCAAUGAAGGACAACACCGACUUCUUGUUUAUGAUUACAUGAGCAAUGGAUCCCUAGCAACCAUUCUUUUUGAAACAUCAAAUAAGCCAAAUUGGAACCAAAGAAUGAGAAUUGCUUUUGGGAUUGCAAGAGGACUAUUUUACUUACAUGAAGAGUGCAGCACCCAAAUCAUACACUGUGAUAUAAAGCCUCAAAACAUCCUCUUAGAUGACUCAUACACAGCAAGGAUUUCUGAUUUUGGACUAGCCAAGAUUUUGAAGAAUGAUCAGACUCGAACCACAACUCGAAUAAGAGGAACCAAAGGAUACGUUGCUCCUGAAUGGUUUAAAAACAUGGCUGUAACAGUGAAGGUGGAUGUAUACAGCUAUGGAAUUCUGUUGUUGGAAUUGAUUUGCUGCAGGAAGAAUUUUGAAGAAGAUGUAGAGGAUGAUGCCUCAAUGAUAUUGUCUGAUUGGGCAUGUGAUUGCUAUGAAUCUGGGAAAGUUAAGUGUCUAGUUGAGAAUGAUGAUGAGGCCAUGAUGGAGAUAAAAAUGGUUGAGAAGUAUGUGAUGGUUACUUUAUGGUGCAUUCAAGAGGACCCUUCACUAAGACCAACUAUGAAGAAAGUUAUGCUUAUGCUUGAAGGAAGUGUUAAGGUUUCAGCUCCUCCACUCCCAAACUCAUUCAUCAGUUCAUUGUAG